UUUCUUAGGUCAACUCAGUGAUAUGAGUAUACUUGCGAUUUUCUAUUUCACUCUCGCUAUUCUAGAUCUCUAAACGAUGGCCACGAUGAAUCCUUUUCACUCAGCACGCCUGAUCUACCGGGCAGUCGAGCCCAACGAAGACGAAGACUUCUUCCUCACAAUUCAGCAAGAUCCGAUUGGCUUUCGCAACUCGAACGCAAGACUAGCGUCACCACAAUCCCGCGAAGAUGUGAAACGAUACAUGGAACAUCUUGCAAGCAAAGCACUUCUUGGAGUCGUAAUAUGUCUACCCGCUCCAACGCCCGAGUCGAAGCCCAUUCCUAUUGGAGAUAUACACUUAAGUCCGAUCCCCUCAUAUCUGGCCCAUCAUCGAAAUACGACUAUUGGCAUUGACAUCCUCCCGGAAUAUCAAGGCAAAGGCUAUGGUAGCGAGGCCAUAAACUGGGUCCUAGAAUGGGCUUUCCAGAUUGCAGGAGUGCAUCGGGUCGCGAUUUCUGCAUUUGAAUGGAAUGGAGGCGCCGUGCGGUUAUAUGGGAGACUCGGGUUCCAGCUUGAAGGGAGAGCCAGAGAAGCCAUGUGGUACAAUGGACGCUUCUGGGAUGACGUGCAAUUCGGCAUGCUUGAACAUGAAUGGCGAGCGAAGCAUCUAUCCACUGAUGGGCAAAAAACACACUCAAAUUGACGACUCAACCUGCGCAUUUGCAGGUGCAGUAGUCAUCACUGGUAUGGAGACGCCGGACUCCUAGACCUGACCCAACUUACACGAGCGUCAGAGUCUCGCAUUGCCCCUGGACUUGCCUGUUGUUCGUGACCAGAUCGGAAG